AUGCAGAAUGUGCUCGUUUCUGCCCUCGAACAGGAAAACAGGACAUUGAUCGACCGAGUUAUUAAGCUAGAGGCGAAGAUCCAGCAGAACGAAACUCUAUACCUAAAGUCUCAAACAUCUGUGGCGCUGAUGUCUCACGAUAAAGCACUGGAGGAUCAGACGAAAAUUCGCGCACUCCAGGACUCAUUACAUCAACUAGAGGCCGACUUAGCGCGAGUAACAACGGAGUAUGUAGGUCAGCAAACAAAGUGUGCUAGCGUUGAAAAGGCUCUGCAAUUAAGCGAGAGGGUGAAAAAUAAUUUAAUAUCGGAGACUGCAAAACUAAAGAGGAUGGUCACCCAAUACCAGACUAACGAAGAGCUUCUUGUCAACGCCCUUGAGAAUUACAUUAACAUAUUUUCAAAUACAGGUCAUAACCACGCUGACGAAGGCCGUCUUAUCUCCACUCUUCCCUCAUAUAUAGACGAAGACACCGAAUGUCUAUGCUUAAAUCGUCUCAAUAGAUCUCUCUAUACAAUUGUACUGUUGUUGAAUGCUAACAAGAGCACUCCGGAAGAGGCUAGACAGAGCAGUCGCGAAAACCAGGAACUACAUGUGGAAAAUGAGCGCCUCAGGGCAGAAAUCAUUACACUUAGAGCACAGCUGGAAACGGAAAAGACCGAGCGAAGAGUUCUUCUCGAAGAUGCAAAGAAGUCAUUUAGUCAGUUAAAGAAUCUCCAGGCUGCGCAGUUAGAAAUCAGAACCGAUAAGAUCCGUGAGUUAGAAGGCAAAGUAGCGCUUCUCGAGAGUGCAUUAAAACGCAAACAAGAGCAACUAGACGAGCUUACUUCGCAAUCUGAGAGAGCAUAUCCAGCAUAUGAACAGAUGAAGCGAACGACAGAGGUACAGAAGGAUGAACUACAAGUGGACCAGCGCAGCUCUUUUGUUAACUUUGCCGAAACUACCCUCAAUGAGCUCGCCCUCGACAUAAGCAGAGAGAAAGCAACAAGCAUUGGCGAUAGUGCACGUGGAUUACGUCGCGUUAGCUUCAACAGCCAUGUGCUUUAUUCCAGCCCUACUAGCCCUGCCUUUAGCUCUGUAUCUAAAAGUCAUCCUAGAGCACCGGCUUUGAAGAAUGAAAUAGACAGCAAUAUAAUGAGCAUGGCUACCGGGCGGCGGCUCUCAGUGAUAGAGGCUGCCGACACCGUCCGUACUCUCACCGAGUAG